AUCACUUCUGAGCACGGAGCAAUGGCCUCUCGCUGGGCUGUGCAGCUGCUGCUCGUGGCAGCCUGGAGCAUGGGCUGUGGUGAGGCCCUCAAGUGCUACACCUGCAAGGAGCCCAUGACCAGUGCUUCCUGCAGGACCAUUACCCGCUGCAAGCCAGAGGACACAGCCUGCAUGACCACGCUGGUGACGGUGGAGGCAGAGUUCCCCUUCAACCAGAGCCCCGUGGUGACCCGCUCCUGCUCCAGCUCCUGUGUGGCCACCGACCCCGACAGUAUCGGGGCCGCCCACCUGAUCUUCUGCUGCUUCCGAGACCUCUGCAACUCGGAACUCUGAACCCAGGGCGGCAGGGUGGAAGGUGCUCCUCAGGCACCUCCUAUCUGACGGGGCCUGGCUCCACCUGUGAUCACCUCCCCCUGCUUCCUGCUGCUGUGGCACAGCUCACUCAUGGGGUCUGAGGGGAGAGAAGCACACCAGGGGCGCCCUCUGCCUUCCAUACCCCACACUUAUAAAACAUAACUAAGCCAAGA